AUUUGAAUUUCAUAACACACAAGUGAGAAAGGUGUCCACUCGGUCCACUCGUUUUAUUUGUUAACUGCGUUUAAUAUAAUAUUUAAAAAGGUUCUGUAAUUGUAAUUUAUUAAUCAUACUGUACCCGGUCGGUUACACCCUAUUUCAGGUCAAGGAAUUCUAAAUCGUGAAAAGUUAUAAAAGUAUGAUUUUAGAAUCCAUCGGCGAAGCGAAAAAAUGUUGAGAUUAGCAUCGAUAAAACCCCAACUCGCCGGACGACUGUCCAGCUCAGCUCUGAGGACACUUUCCUCGACUGGAAACAACCGCCCCACCUCUCAAAUUACAUUUAUAGUCAAAACGACCACCGGUUUCCAGCAGUUAAGCCGUGUCCAAAUAUGCCAGCUGAGGGAUGAAUACCGUGCUGUUUUCCAGCUGUUCUCUCGUUCCUACGGAGUGCCUCACCAUAUUCUGAGUCGCAGCCUGCAUAGUUCGGUGCGACGAUUCCAACAAAAUCGAGAUGAAGGCAGUUCCUCCUCUGGAUCCGGUCCGAAUGGCAAAAAACCGAAGAAUGACGACGACAAGGAGAAGAUGAUGUCGGUUGUAACGAAGACCCUGUUCUGGAUGGUGACCGUCUACAUGCUGGUGGGAUUCCUAACGAUGGUUGUUCCGAACAAGAACCGACCGGAGACAACCACUCGGUACGUAAGCUGGCAUGAAUUUGUGCACCACAUGCUUGCGGUGGGGGAGGUGAAAGAAGUAGUUAUUCAUCCCGAUAUGGAAAUGGUGACCAUUCUGCUGCAUGACGGGGCGAUUAUUAAGGGACGGAAGGCACAUUCGAACAUUUUCCACAUGGCUGUGGCCGAUGUGAACAAAUUUGAGGAGAAGCUGAGACUGGUGGAAAAGCGACUGGGGAUUAAGGAUGGCGUUUCGGUUCAGUUUGAGCGUAGUGGGGACGUCAGCGGGCGGAUCCUGUUCACGUUGAUUGCGACGGGAGUGAUCAUUGCGCUGCUUAGCCGGAUGAGGGGCAUCCGAGGUCCGAUCAGCAUGGACUCGUUUACGCAAAUGGGUCGCGCCAAAUUCACCCUUGUAGAUCCUAUAGAGGGGGGACGCGGCGUGUUUUUCAAGGAUGUUGCCGGACUGCAGGAAGCUAAGCAGGAAGUCAUGGAAUUUGUUGACUAUCUGAAAGCUCCGGAACGCUAUCAACGAUUAGGAGCAAAGGUUCCGAAGGGGGCGCUUUUACUAGGUCCACCCGGAUGUGGCAAAACUUUGUUGGCUAAGGCAGUGGCCACAGAAGCGGCCGUACCGUUUCUCAGCAUGAACGGUUCGGAGUUUAUCGAAAUGAUUGGUGGAUUGGGAGCGGCUCGAGUGCGAGACCUUUUCAAGGAAGCGCGGAAACGAUCACCUUGUAUUAUCUACAUUGACGAAAUCGACGCCAUCGGAAGGCAGCGAGACGGUGGUGGGAGCUUCGGUGGUGUCAGUUCCGGAGAAUCCGAGCAAACAUUGAACCAAUUGUUAGUCGAAAUGGAUGGAAUGGCCUCCAAGGAAGGUGUGCUGAUGUUGGCCAGUACUAAUCGAGCGGACAUUCUGGACAAGGCCUUGCUUCGACCGGGACGUUUCGAUCGACACAUCCUCAUCGACUUACCGAACCUCAUUGAGCGGAGGGAAAUCUUCGAAAAACAUCUGUCAGGAAUCGCUCUGGAGGCAUCUCCGGAGAAAUACUCCGCUCGUUUGGCAACUCUAACGCCGGGAUUUUCCGGUGCGGACAUAGCCAACGUGUGCAACGAAGCUGCUCUUCAUGCUGCACGAUCUAGUCAAAAGACGGUUAUGACAAAAAAUUUGGAAUAUGCCGUCGAGCGGUUGGUAGGCGGAACAGAGAAACGUUCGCAUGCGCUGUCCCCGGUGGAACGGAGAGUGAUUGCGUUCCACGAAUCCGGCCAUGCGCUGGUCGGUUGGCUGCUUCCGAACUCGGACGUGCUGCUCAAGGUGACAAUUGUUCCAAGGACGAGUUUGGCGCUCGGCUUCGCUCAGUAUACGCCGAAGGAGCAGAAACUGUACAGUAAGGAGCAACUGUUCGAUAAAAUGUGUAUGGCCUUAGGAGGGCGCGCGGCAGAGAAUAUUACCUUCAACAGGAUAACCACUGGGGCCCAGAAUGAUUUGGAGAAGGUCACCAAGAUGGCAUACGCACAGAUAAAAUACUUUGGCAUGAACAAAACGGUCGGUCCUAUCUCGUUCUCCGAUGAGUCAGAAUCCAAUCCGUACGCCGGGAAGCCGUACUCGAAGCAACUGUCCAACAUAUUCGACGUCGAGGCCCGCCAAAUGAUCACCGAAGCGUACGACAGAACGGAAAAAAUCCUCCAGGACAAUGCCGACAAAUUGCGCACCCUGGCUGAGGCGUUGCUCGAAAAGGAAACUCUCAACUAUGACCAGGUGGUGGAGCUGAUUGGGCCUCCACUGUAUGACGACGCCAAGCGAAAGAUCGAGCCGGUAGAAUUUGAAGACAGCUUGAAAAAGCUGGCCAACGGCGGAGAUGAACCCAAAUGAAUAAAAUGUAAAUAAUUAGAACUGUGUCGUGUUGAUUAUUGAUUAAAACAAAUGAUUAUACUUACCCAAAAGAUUCAA